AUGCCUGGACCCGUAGCCCGACGCACCAGACUGUCUGCUGUAGUCAACAGCAGCGCGUACGAACUGCUCAAGGAUGCCAUUGUCGUCUACCUCGUCGUCACUCGUACCCUGAAGGUCUUUCGUCAUCUGCGGGCGCGAGGAGUCACCGAGACGGUCGUUGACUUUUGGAAAUGGAUAUCUCAGGAAGCCCUUCUACUCGCGCUCCGCCUUCCUUCCAUGCGCAAGAGGGUCUCCGCAGAGCUCGGCAAGGCGACUCUAGACCUCGAGAAGGGCAUGGUUCCCGAGGGCCCCUCUGUGCACCGACAUCUCGCCCUGCCGAUGACUGGACAGUCGCCAGAGUGGAUAGUGACGGAGAUGGAGGCCAUGGAUCACGAGGCUCCCGGAGAGCACGCAGACUGGCGGGAGGGGAAGGUAUCGGGAGCGGUGUAUCACGGCGGCGAAGAGCUGACGCGCGUCAUACUGGCUGCGAUUGAACGUUACGCACUCUCCAACCCACUCCACCCGGAUGUCUUCCCUGCGGUACGAAAAAUGGAGGCAGAGGUAGUUGCUAUGUGUCUGGCGAUGUACAACAACCCAACAGGUGCAGGUACGACGACGAGCGGUGGUACAGAGAGCAUCGUCAUGGCGUGCAAGACGUACCGCGACUGGGCGAGAGCAGUCAAGGGCAUUCGUGAGCCGGAGAUGGUUGUCCCAGCGACAGCUCAUGCAGCAUUUGACAAGGGCGGGGCAUAUCUUGGAAUCAAGGUCCACACUAUCCCUGUUGACCCCGAGACAAGGCAGGUCAACCUGAAACGUGUCAAGCGUGCCAUCAACGCGAACACUAUCAUGCUCGUCGGGUCUGCAAUAAACUUCCCAGAUGGCAACGCGGACGAUAUCGUCGCACUCGGCAAUCUCGCAGCCAAGCACAACAUCGGCCUGCACGUUGACUGCUGCCUUGGCUCGUUCAUCGUGCCGUUCAUUGAGGAAGCGGGGCUCGGGCCGUUCGCGCCCUUCGACUUCCGCGUUCGCGGAGUGACGAGCAUUAGUUGUGACACGCACAAGUAUGGGUUCGCGCCGAAGGGCAGCUCGGUGAUCAUGUACCGCGAUGCGGAGCUACGGAAGCACCAGUAUUAUGUCAAUCCGGAUUGGGUCGGCGGUGUAUACGCUAGCCCGAGCAUCGCGGGGUCAAGACCAGGCGCUCUCAUCGCAGGAUCCUGGGCAGCCAUGCACUACAUGGGACGCCAGGGAUACCUCGACUCCUGCAAGUCCAUCGUGUCCGCCGCACGCACGAUCGCCUCGCGCAUCCGUGCCGAGAUUCCAGAGCUGCGUAUCCUCGGCGAGCCGCGCGCGUCCGUCGUCGCGUUCGCAUCGGCGCGCAAAGGCAAGGCGGAGGGCGUGAGCGUGCUCGAGGUCGGCGACAAGAUGGCAAAGAAAGGCUGGCACCUGAAUGCGCUCAGCGGGCCCGCCGCGUUGCACAUCGCCGUGACGCGCCUGACGGUGCCCGUGGUGGACCAGUUCAUCGCGGACCUGAAGGAUGCGGUGAGGGAGGCACAGCUGUCACCGAGUGGGCAGGGGACGAUGGUCAGGCUCUACGGUAUCGGAAGUGGGAGCCCUGUCGGCUCGACGAUGGUCGGCCACUUGGCCACAGCAUUCUUAGAUACGCUUUACAAGGCCUGA